AAGAACGGCUGGAGUGUGGGAGCCAUCCAGUGUAGCUGCAUGUAGUUACAGUAGUUAGUCCUCCCUGCCACAUUAGUGACCUAGAUUUUUUUUUUUUUUUUUUUUGGGGGUGGGGGGGACGAGAUGCGGUUAAAUGUUGCAAGCGAGUAUACAGAAAUAUCAGAGUACUCCAUGUUAAAACGGGACAACAACUCCUGAAGCUAACUCGUGGUGUACGGGGGCGUUUAGCCUAGCAAAAAAAAAAAACUCACACAAGGACUUUGUUCAGAGUUGGAAAUUCAGCUUAAAACUGUCAAAAUGGAGACCCACGAAGGGGCAGUGGCAACAGGCGACGGUGUACUCGACUUCUCCCGGCUGAAUUUGGACACUUUUAGCACUGACAGUAUAAGCGAAGAGAGGAAAAGGGACACCAAACAGCUCUACCUGAACUACAACCGGCUGGCCUCGCUCCCCUCGUCGGUUAGUUUUUUCUGCAACCUGGCGUUUUUGGACAUCAGCAACAACGGACUGACCACCAUUUGUGACGGUAUUACACGGCUCACCAAACUCAAAACACUCGUAGCCAAGAACAACCGACUGGAUGAGUUUUCGCUGCCCAAGGAGUUCGGUUCUCUGCAUCUGGAGGUGUUGAACUUCAGUGGGAACCGCUUUGAGGAAAUCCCACUCCAGUGUAUGAAACUGCUGCGUCUGCAAUCGCUUUCACUCGGUGGAAACAGACUGAAAAGUAUACCUGCGGAGAUAGAAAACCUAACCAGUUUGGAGCUGUUGUAUCUGGGAGGUAACCUCAUCACAGCCAUUCCUCCAGAAGUGGCUAAUCUUCCCUACCUUAGCUACCUGGUCCUAUGUGACAACCGCAUCCAAAGUGUUCCUCCACAGCUCACCAGGCUCUACUCACUGCGAUCUUUAAGUCUCCACAACAACUUGCUCACAUACUUGCCAAGAGAGAUCCUCAGCUUGGUGCAUCUGCAGGAACUCAGUCUCCGAGGCAACCCACUGGUGGUGCGCUUCGUCAAAGAGAUGACCUACGACCCUCCCUCACUGCUGGAGUUGGCAGGGCGUACCAUUAAGAGCAGAAAUAUUCCCUACUCCCCCAGUGACCUGCCCUCAAACCUGUUGCUCUAUCUGGACCUAGCUAGCAAGUGUCCAAACCCCAAAUGUGCUGGUGUAUACUUUGACUCCUGUGUGCGGCAGAUUAAAUUUGUGGACUUCUGUGGGAAGUACCGGCUGCCCCUCAUGCACUACCUGUGCUCCCCUGAGUGCACCUCUCCAUGCAGCUCAAACCCACAGAGCGACGCCGAGUCGGAGGAUGAGAGCAGUGUGCCAGCUGACCGACUGCAGAGGGUGCUUCUGGGAUAGUACAACACAACACAGAGCAGCCUUUGAUCGUCUGCCAGAACCUUGUCAAUCUGUCACAGUGUGUAGCGUUUUUUUUUUAAACAAAGACAAACUGUCAGGCUUUACAGCAUACACACAUUUUUGUUUUACAUGCAGACACUCAUACGCACAAAAUGUGGCCUUGAAAACAUUAUUUCAACAUUAUAAUCAGGGUUUAAUAAGGUUUACUAGUGGUCUUUUGUUCCUUUCUCCCUGUAAGAGUAGAGGAAUCCUCAUAUUUCCCACGUAGCCAUGGAAGUGCUUGUACAAGGAACAAAAUCAUGGUCUCUCUCUUUUCAGACCAGUCUUUCAUUUCACAUUUUAUGUUUAACAUUUUCUGAAAGAUUUCUAAAAGUGUUAUCUUGAGCAAGACUAUUGGAAUUUCUCAACACAUGUCCAAAUCAAAGCUGUUGUGCUAUCUAACACGUAAGUCCUAGGGUCAUUUGAAAGAUGCCAGCAGUAAUGUUGAACUAUGACACUACAUGCUUCUGAUAGAGUAGUCUGUGUGAGAUGACCUUAUUUCAUGAUCUAGUUGUGCAGAAGUUGUUUACAGUCUGUCUCUCCCUCACACAGUGAUAAAACACCACUUUGGUAAUCUCUUGGUGUUUAUGCAGUACCAAGGUUUUACCAUCAUGCUGUGGUUGCUGUAGGUUAACCCAGAUUAUGAAUUAUGUGGCCAAGUGGAAGAAUGCUUGUCCAAGCUUACUGACAGGAAGUGGAUGAGGGUGGACCAGGGAAACCCAUUCACUGUGUUAGUACGAAAACAAUAGCUAUUCAGCAAAACACAGUGGCAGCCUCCAUGUUUAUGUUCAGGACCAUUGGGUUUUCUCUUGACAUAAACAUAUGGAUGUGUGUAUGCAGAGCACACAGUCAGAGGAGCCAUCUGAAACCACCUUUGUCUGUUGACUUUUCUGCCAGCAGCAAAAAGUACUGCAUGAUUUUGAAACACGAUGUAAGGGUAGGGCAUGGGCCAAAGAGGAGCCUAUUAAAUUAAGGAGCACAUCCAUAAUAAGGGAUGGAACUCGGAUAUUUUUUUCUUGUUUUUUCCAACAUUGCAAAGAAGACAAUGGUGCUUUACUGAGUGCCCUUCUAGUUUGUAUCUCAACUAUCACCGAGACAGAAAUGUCCCUCGGUUCUAACAAGAGGUGUCGUUUUCUGUUUGGUAAUUACAUCUCUGCUUAGUCGUUGAGCUUGUGUGAAGGCCUAGGAGCUUUCAUAGGCUCCCAGGUGAAGUGUGUCCAUUAGUGAGCAGGAGAACCCUUUCCUGGCUUCACAGUAGACUUUAACAUUUAGAAAACAGAGGAAUGCUCCUUUAUGUUACAGUAGCAUUUAUACUAGAGCAUUUGCUAAGUGCCUUACUAAUGACUGCUAAUGCUAUCGCACAGAGUAUGAAAAAAUGUGAUCUAUGCACCCUGAAAUGUGACAAAAUUAACAUGAUUUAUAAAGUCAUUUAAGUGAUUUUGUAUUCAUCUAAAAUCACUAAAAAGAAAAAUAACAUUUUGUAACAAAAUAAACUGCUUUUAUAUAAAUCCUUUCUGAAUUGUAAAACUAAAUAUGAGACUUAGAGAACAGAUGGUAAAUAGAAAAUAUAUGGAUAUAUCUAUAUUAAUUGUACGUAAUUGUAUUUUCCCCUUUCAGAUUAUGUAAGUACACUGUACAGUAUAUAAUAACAGUAACACAUAUUGAUUAUAAUAUUUUUGUCUUUUCCCUGUGUGAUCUAAAUAAAGCAGUAAUAUAAAGAA